GGCAGGGCUGGAAGGCUAGGCGGUGCGGGUGAGGGCAGCGGCAUGGCUUCGGACGAGUGUGCGGUGAGCGAGAGUGUUAGAGUUGCGGCGAGGAGAAAACCGGAGCGGACGAGGCAACGGGACGUGGGGUUAGUGCAGUCGAUCAUGGCAAACAAGGGUGGUGUUCAGUGGAUGGAUGGUGCUUGUUGUCGGUUGAGGUUGGACCAGUUGUAUCGAGGGCGGUGGGGAUGGCAGAGUGGAGACGGAAAAGAAAGAAGCAACUACAUUGCUCCGGGUAAUUUAAAUAGAACGGGUGGGACGGAUGAUUCGGGUGCCGCGUGUGGGAGGGGGUGCGGAGGGUGGGCGGAGGAAGAAUGGUAAGGUAAGAAAGAAAUUCUUCCGAACAAUGUUAAGGUAUCGCGAAAACCAAAAAUGUACUUAUAUAAACCCCUAUCCACUGUAGGCCCCUGACACCGCUAAAACCCCAUAUAUAUGGCGGCCUCACGGCCACGAUGUGCGCAUCAUGCGUCAUGCGCAAUCGGCCAAUCAUUGCGCAUCAUGCGCAAUGAUUGGCCGACAGGCCGUCAGGCGCACUUCCCCGGCCGCGCGCUGUUGCGAGUGUGUGAAGUUGUUGGCAAUUUCGGGAGGAGGAAGAAGGGUGAAACAUUGUGGUGGAGUAGGAAGAAACAUUGCUGCCGCCCCUUCCUCCCUUUAUCUUUCUAUCGCUAUUUUAAACGAAUGGCGGUGGCUCGUGUUAUGCCAGCAAUGCGACCUGCUAAAGUAUUGGCUCGUGCGAGCCAAUUCAGAGAAUGGAUAACUGCGUAUCAUACCAUUCCCACCGGCAGGCUCGUGCGAGCCAAUCCUGCGAGCCGUACCAUUCUCAUCCCAUGUGGAACACAUUCCGUCAUUCAGAGAAUGGAUAACUGCGCCUAA